AUGUUGAAACCUAGUCACGAGCUUGAUGAGCAAAAGGCAAGCAAACUGUUGAACACAGUGCGGCUGCUUCUCCCAGUGGCAUCCAAAGAGGACGCCUGCUACUUCGAAGAGCAUGGAUCUUUCCUCUGUGACCGGGCGGCUUUCCAUGUCUUCAUGAUGGCAUCUGGUGCUGAUGCCCGUCCUUUCACAAAGAUGAAUUACGAUGACUUCUGCCCACUCAGCCUGGAGGCUAGCAUCGGUGCUGAUGUUUGGGGCGUCGCUGCAAAAUCGACAUCAUGGUUUAUGUUCAGCCCCCCCUCUUACUCUCCAAGUGAGUCAAGUGAUCCCUUGGAGAAGUCCUUGUUGCAAUUCUUCAGCCUACAGUCCAGAUUGCUUGUGCACUGUGGAAACUUCAACCUAAACCAUGAGUCGAUGCCAUGGGCCAGACAUGCAGGCUUUGGGCAGGACUUGUUGCGACGUAUUUUGAAUCACAAAGAAAGGCAGGGCCAGCCGCAUCCUCAGCCUCUGCGGG